AGAGAGGAGGAAAGACCGUUACAAAUCCGCCAUGAGCUGAUACUCUUGAUGGAUCCCCUCGUUUAACCAGAGACAGACGGCAUCACUCGAGUCAGUUCAGGAUGAGGGGCACCGUCCACGCGAGAUGCUGGGGGCCUCGCAGAUCCUGGGGGCCUCGCGGAUCCUGGGACGGCUGAGGGCUUCUGGCCUCGCAUGGCCUCGGAGCCGCAGGGACACAGAGGGCCGUGUCCCCGGUCACAGGACCCAGGCACAGAGAGGACCCGGACACGCACGUCCCCAGGGACGCACGGCUCCUGGAUUGACCAGAGAAACGUGCCUCUCUGAUCGUCUCCUUGAAAACCGGGCCAAACUCAGCUGGGAAAAGUCAUGCCUGUCUUUGCUUCUGUGCCCAGAAUUCUGCCAGCUGAGCGCUGACGUGGCUUCCUAACCCUGCACAGUGAUGAAACAAGAAAGAACCUGCCAUGUUCCUCAGCUGAAAGGAAAUAAUGCACGGAGGGAGGGCACCAGAGUUUCAUUAGGAAACACUUUUGCAUUUUGCUGGGAAAUAUGAAUACUUCACAAUGCUUGAAAGACGAAUGAGAGACUAGAAACUGCAGGGGCAACAGCUGGGGUUCCGAUGUGUGUGAAGGAAACUGAGCAAGAAGGUCAUGGAGGUCAUGGCUGAGCAAUGAGAGUCCUUUCCUUGAGAACGGUUUUCUGAUGCAAACACACAACCCUCUGUCAUCCUGAACUGUUCUGCUGUAGCGACAGGACAGGCACCUGAGCGCGAGGGGGGACGGGAUGGUGGGCAGGCCACCUCCCGCCCCUGUAGUCAGCUCGGGCCAGGACUCGCGGAAUGCUUGUCCUGCACGCGGUGCUGGCUGAGGUGCGGCCUCAUCCACAGCGGACGCGGGCGGGGCCUACGGGCCUCAGGGUGAGUGAGGCAGAAAACCCGAGACAGGUCCAGGCAAAGGAAAGAAAGGAGGCAGUGCGUCCCCUCCCAGGAGGGCCCAGGCCGGGGUCUCCAGAAAAAAACGCCACGCUGGGGUCUGCUUGAACAAGCAGGGUCCCGAGGAGAUUUCCAAGGAGAACACGGCCUCUGCAUCUGUGGGAAGCCGGGAAACCAGGGGAGACAAGAGAGACUCACACACCCAGAGGGAUGCACGAACAAGAACAGGCCAGAGUGGAGAAGAGGAACAGUCAAGUGCUAAAAACGGGGUGUAGGUGAUCAGACUGCCCCAGACCAGCUGCAGAAAUAGAGACACCUGUGGGUAAAGGAAUUCUCGACAGCCCUUAGGGAGCUACAGUGAAUUACAACUCAGCUCCUCCAAUACAAAAACAGCACGUUUUGGAAUGAAUGGUUUCAGGUAUGGGGGAAAAGUGAAAUUGUUCACAUUUGGGUGACAAAAUAGUCAAACUGACUGACCAAUGUGGAGAACCGCCUCCGAGAUCAGACUUUAUGCCGCAACCUGUGGAACCUGUGACAGAGAUGGCUGGUCUGAGUUACAGAAGCUGGAGUUACAGCACCAAGCACUUCUCGCCUGCUGGGGGUCUGCCGAUCUCCGAAAAGCUUCACCACCAAAGUUGCCAACUACCUUCUGCUAUUAUUUUCCUUUCUCUGUCUUGAUAGAAGUAAUGAAUGACAGGAUAUAACUCAUUUCUCAAGAUUUCUUUGGACACACAUAUCUUCCAGGCAAAUAUAUUAGGAAAAGUAAAAAUAACAGUAACUAAAGGUAAAGAGAAAGGGAUAAAAUGGAAGACAGAAUCUUACUAUAAAAUCUAUUUAUUAUUUAAGAUUUCAUGGCAUAAUGGGACCAUUUUCAUCCAUCCAAAAAGUAGUUUUUGAGCCUUUCAUGUGAUUACUACGUGCUGUGGGGAAUAGAAAUGUCUUAGUCAGAGGCUCUGCUUCAGGGACCUGACAACAUACAAGUGCACAUUUAGGGAGGAUUCUAUGACCCAGGUGCAGUGGUUCUGGUUUGUUCCAACCUGGGGAAUGCUAAGUGCUGCAGGACCACCAGAAAGAGCAGCCUUUCGUUACAGGUUUGAACAUCAGAAUUGAUAGGUUCUGCUUUUAUUUUAUUCCUCUCUCCCAAGCCAGGGAAGGACUUGAAUUUAAGGCUCAGCGAGUAUAGAGUCAGUGUCAGAAAGUCUAGAAGUUGUCUGCAGAAACCUCUCAGGACCACCAACCAAACCAACAUCCUAAACUUAUUUCAAAACACAUUUAAAUUAUUUACUUUAUCUUACUUCUAGAAAUGUUUAUUUUAUUAUAACAGGGCUCAGUUAAUAACAUUGCUUACCAAAUUAGAAAGACCAUUUUCUUGUAUGAAAAAGCAAAGAGUUUGACAUAGUCUGAGUAAUAAAACUCAGCUUCUCUGUUCUAAUACUCAGAGCAUCAUGAAUAUGUAAAUUUAAACUGAAACAUUCAAGGUGGUUCCCUCAGGCACACUUACAAGAUCUUAGGAAGCGAAAAAAAGGCACCUCUCCUCUGAAAUACGGCAGCCACAGAAGACUGGAAACGCAACACGUAGGCAGGCUGGUCAGGAGUGUAAAAAUCCAUCUUUUAUUAACAAAGAAGCCAUCUAUUGACUGAGCAUAAUUUCAGCUGCAACUGAAAGAAACCAAAUGUUUGUUCUAAAGGUAAAAUAUUAAUAACAAGGUGUAUGAAACCUUUCCGCUAUGAAACACACAUGGCUUGAGUUAACUGGUCAGCUUUAUCAGAAAAGAGCAAGCAUUCAGAUGCCCAAGGAAACUGGACAGAAAGAAGACAUUUAUUUCACAUAAGAUGUAGAAGACGGAGUAAACACCAUGUGUCCUGAAUGAACUGUUAAGUGUCAGAGGGUGGGCGUGGCAAUGCCCCCCCCCUGCUUCUUGGGCAGCCAGCCCCGUGUCUCACCCUGUCCUGGGCAGCAAGUGUACAGUUAAAACUCUGAAGCUGGAGAUGCAAAGAAGAGAUGUCGGUGGCCAGGGAAAUUCAGCAGACACCUGCUAAAUGGGGCUCAGGACAAAUAAAACAUAACAUGCGCCAUGUGCAGCUGGCCUCUUGUCUUGGCCCGAGGCCCUCCACCAUGUCCGGUCCCUGAUGAAGACACUUGCCCCUCCAGCCAGUGCCCGGGACAAGGCCUCGCUCUAAAGACGGCAGAACAAACCCAAGGGGCCUGGGAGGCCGAGGCCCGGGAUGCUGGUUGCCUCCACCCUGAGCUGACUGAUUUCUGUCUGUCUGCUUCCUGAGUGAGAAAAAUGGCUCUUUUGCCACCAUGACGUGGCUUCCUAUUUUCUAUUUCUUAUAAAUGAAGUCAAUUCCCCACGAUAGAGGAGUCUGAAUAAACUUCCAUCCCUGCCAUGUUUAAAGAGUCUCCUCCUUUAGGGAAAGACCUGCAGUUUUUAUCCUGCUGUGCAGGGUUCAGGGUUUUGGAUUCAAGCUUUCCCGUCCUUUGGACUCUCUGAAGAGGAAGAUUCAGAACCAUGUGAUACAGGACUGUACUGACCCCCGUGUGACUGCACAGUGCCACUUGUGGAGUGCCUGCUUAUACAGCGGGCUGCGCGCAUGAUCUACGCCGGUUGCACAGCCCUGAGAGGGAGGGGUGGAAACCUCUCUCUAUGGGUGGGAGGCCCAGUUCCAUCCGCUUCCCCGCAUGACUCCUGCUUCCUCUCCGUCCGAGGCGGCAUGCCGAUGUGCACCCCUUCCUUCCAUCUGCACCACCACACGUGGAGCUUUGCUGCCCCCAGGUUCAGGAUGCACUUGUGUGCUGGACUGCAGCUGGGCACAAUCUCCAACACUCAACAGCGUCUACGUCCACGAGUUACCAGGGCCUCCGGGUGGGCGGUGUGUGCUUCCCUGCCCAUGACCUGCUCGGAGCCCCAUGAUGGUCCACAGAUGUGAGCAGACAGGCUACAAGCUGAAGCUUGAAAUGCGCUCAUGCAGUUGGGUGCAUCACCCUGUGCUUUAGCCACAACCACAGAGAUACGCCCCAAAGGCCCACUCGUCCCGGGCCAGGCGUGAGCCAUGGGGGCAGGUCCAGCCAAGCCCAGACAACCCAGCCAACAUGCACUGGGUGACAAGAAUAAACAGGGUGGUUUUAGGCCAUGGAGCUUUGGGGUGGCUUGUUCACAGCUUUAUAGUAAAUGAAGAAUGAAGCUUUUUAGAAUGAAGAAAUAUCAAAAAUGUCUAAAUAUCUAAUUAGUCAAAAAUCUUUACAAAUUUUGGCCCAUGUAGUAGUAAAUGGUAUUAGGGAGAAAAUCAUCACCACCAUCACCACCAUCAUCACCAUCACCACCAUCACCAUCAUCACCAUCAUCACCACCACCAUCACCACCAUCAUAAUCACCAUCAUCACCACCACCAUCACCACCAUCAUAAUCACCAUCAUCACCAUCAUCACCACCUUCACCAUCACCUUCAUCACUACCACCACCAUCAUAAUCACCAUCAUCACCACCACCAUCAUCACCACCACCAUCAUCAUCACCAUCACCACCACCAGCAUCACCAUCAUCACCAUCACCAUCAUCACCACCACCAUCAUCACCAUCAUCACCAUCACCAUCAUCAUCACCAUCAUCACCACCACCAUCAUCAUCACCAUCACCAACACCACCAUCAUCACCAUCACCACCACCAUCAUCACCACCAUCAUCACAACCAUCACUGUCACCGUCAUCACCAUCACCACCAUCACUAUCACCACCACCAUCAUUAUCAUCACCAUCAUCACUAUCACCAUCCCCACCAUCACCACCAUCACCAUCAUCAGCAUCAUCAUCAUCAUCGUCAUGAUUACCGCCAUUUCAACUACCACCAUCACCAUCACCACAGACCACUGAGCUUCGCGCUGUCUACAUUCUUACUUUCUCUCUGGAGUAGCUUUGUUGUUUAUAUGAUUCGGUGUCCACUUGGCAGUUUAUGAUUAUGGCGGUCAUUUCUGCACGUUGAUUACAAAAAGUUGACACCUUUCAUCUCGAUAACUUUAAAGAAUUCUGGAUGUGACGUUCACGGGCAUGAUUUAUGAGUUGGUCAGUGCACUUCUAAAUAAUCUCCCACUUGGAGAUUUUUGACAAGGAUGCAGGAGAGCAUUUUUAAACAUGAGAAGGAGGCGAGGGGAGGUUCGGUGGGGAGGCAACUAUCCCUAAAAACAGCUACACCAGGUACGUAAGGGAAACAAUUUCCGUUUCGGAUUUGAAAUCUUAAUACUUCGCAAUAAGAGCCACCUGCUCCAGCCCCGGCGCACCGGCCCGCUGCCUCCGGGGCUCCACCUCACCCCUGCCUUGGGUCAGCCUCUCAGCCUCCGUGGGCCCCGCGUCCUCUCCCGCCUGCUCCAGAACCAGUCCAACCUCCGCCCCUCGAGGAGCGUUUCCUCUUAAUCCCUUUCCAGCAACGUCUUGACUGCACAAUUGAAAUGCUAAGGUUGAGUUUUACAAAGAUCACACUUUUCUGAGUGAGAAAAAACUAGUGUGGGGCACAGGGAGAUUUACCAGGAAGGACCAGGGAGUCCUGGAGGAAGCAAGACCAGCUAAGAAGCUGCUGCAGUGACCACACCAUGACUGACCACAGUUAACGCUGCUGUUUGGUGUAUUUGAAAACUACCAAGAAAGUAGAUCCUAAAAGUUCUCAUCACCAGGAACAAAAAAAAACAACUUUUUUUGUAUCUAUGUGAGAUGCUGGAUGUUAUCUAAACUUACUGUGACAACCACUUCUCAGGACAUGGAAGUCAAAUCAUUAUGCCGCGCACCUUACCCUAACACAGUGGCGUAUGUCAAUUACCUCGCAACAAAACUGAGAGAAGCAGCAGCUACUGCAAUGGUCCAGGUGAGAUAUAAUGAGCGUCUAAUCAAGGGCGGACACUGGGUCUGGAGACUGGGGCUGGGGACCAAGAGACGUGGCCUGACAGGGUCUCUGGCGGUGUGACUUGUGAACAGCAUCAGCUUUAAACCACAACAAGAACCUGUUCUGUCUCUUCCGUGGUCCACACAGCUUCCGGCAAAACGGGAAGUCCUCCUAGCCCUCGGUACCUAGUGAGUGGACGGCUGCUUCCCAUCACGAGGGCAAACACUUGCACCCUCUGUGCCAGGCCCUCACCCUUUACACACAUGGAUACACGUAACCUUCACCCAGGGGUGCAUGCCACUGUCAUCCCUGUUGAUAGAGCAGGAGACUGAAGCCCCCAAAGGCUAAGUAACUUGUCCCAAGUCCCAUGGCCAGAGGGGCAGAACCAGGGUUCACCUUCACUCCAGCCCAGGGUCCCUGCCUUGCUUGCCAAUGGUAAACAUGCUCAGAACGAAGCAAGAGGCCAAGUAUGGUUUUGA